GCGCACUUUAUUUUUCCAGGCUCGACAUUAAACCGGACGACAGACUCGCACGAUCGCAUCCAAAAUGGCGACUCCCAUGCAUAGAUUGAUCGCUCGAAGACAAGCGGAGGCAAACAAACAACAUGUUCGCUGUCAGAAAUGUCUAGAAUAUGGACACUGGUCUUAUGAGUGCACUGGGAAAAGAAAGUAUCUUUAUAGACCUUCCAGGACAGCGGAGUUGAAGAAAAAGCUAAAAGACAAGGAGAACAAUCCUUCGGAAGAUCUGGGAGCUGGAAUAAUACCACGCGGUGAGAAAAAAGCAAAGAAGAAAAGGUCCUCCUCCAGUUCCAGCAGCAGCAGUAGUGAUUCGUCCAGUUCUUCCAGCGACUCUUCCUCGGACAGCAGCGAUUCCUCGAGCUCCUCAUCCUCGUCUGAAGACAGCAGCAGUGACAGCGAAGACAGUUCCAGCCCUUCCUCCUCUUCCUCCUCAUCUUCCUCCAGUUCUGACUCUGAUUCCGAUUCCUCAAGCAGUUCUGAUCAAGGCCCGCCAAAGAAGAGAAAAAAGAAGAAAUGAGCUUCCAGUUCAUCUGAUUCAAAUACAGAACUCGUAUCAUAUACAUUGACAGUACAGAAAACACUCUGGUAUUGAAUAUGUGAGAGGGAAGUCAUGUAUGUAAAGAAAAUGAGAGGUGUAUAUUAAUAUUGUCAUCAUUCUUUUGUAAAAUGUGAAAAUCAAACAUCCACUGUUACAUUUACAUAGUACAACUUUGUUUUCUCUCUAUAGCGGAGUGCAGCCAUGUCUCAAGCUGUUAAAAUACUGCAAUGAUUUAUUCAUUCAUACUAAUACCAUCUUUUUUUUUUUUUCAUCUUUUUGAUCAUAAAUUCUUUUUUUUUUAAAGAAUGACAAUUAAGAGGCUAAGGCAUAUUAACAUGGUCUUAAUUUUAAGAUGGUCUUAUGAAAUAAACAGAUUUCUUACAGAAAGAAAUGUACCUAUUGUGAGAUAUGAUGUAAAUGCGUAAUUAUCAGUAUCAAAUAAUCUGUUGAAAUUUAAUCGCAUCUAAAAUUAUUUUUGCUUACAUAUGUGUGUUAAAUACAUACAUGUAUGUGUGUGUAUUUAUAUGUAUGCAUAAAUAUACACAGUGUAAGCGCACAUCAUCACGAAUAAUCUAUUUGACAUGUUUAAUUUAUUUAUAUAUAUUUAAUCUAUUUUAUAUAUGAAAUAUAUCUAAUCUAAAUUAUAUGCAAGUAUAAAUAUAUAUACAUAUUUUUUAAAAUACAUACAUGUGUAUUUAUAUAUGCAUACUAAAUACACUACACACACAUAGCAUGUAAAUGUAAACUUUUAUUUUGGAUGUGAUUAAUCGUGAUUAACCGUUUGACAGCCCUGUCAUGUUUAUACUGUAGUAUAUGCCAUCUAUAAUAACGAUUUAGUUAUUGUGUCAAAGGAACAUACAAGGAAUUAAUAUUUGAGAUAUUUUGUGUAUUUAUAUAUAUAUAUAUAUAUAUACAUAAAUAUACACAGUACACGCACAUAUCAUCGCGAUUAAUCUAUUUGACAGCCCUAAUGAAAACAUUAAGAAUUAGGGCUGUCAAAUGAUUAAUCAUAAUUAAUUACAUCCAAAAUAAAAGUUAAUGUUUACUUAUUAUGUGUGUGUACUGUGUAUAUUUAUUAUGUAUAUAUAAACACACACAUACAUGUAUAUAUGACCAUGGACCAUAAAACCAGUCAUAAUUGUCAAUUUUUUGAAAUUGAGCUUUAUACAUCAUCUGAAAGCUGAAUAAAUAA